CCAACGAGACCUUCCAACCGAUGUCUAGGAAGAACGGAAGACUAUCGACACACUCAUAGCGAUAACUGGCGUAAAAUGAGCUCUUCAAAGCCUAAGCUUGGGAAAAGGAAGGCACCUGCUGCUAAGGGGCCUGUACCGGUGAAGAAAGAGCCUCGCAAGCCCCGAGGAAUGGUUAAAUUGCCACCAGGAACCGUCUUGACAGACCUCACCAAGAAAAAGUGGCGUUUGGGAGAGUUGGUAGGAUGGGGUGGUUUUGGUGCCAUUUACUUAGGUAAAAUAUAUCUGACAUGUGAACUACUUGUUGGUGAUUUAUGGCGCAUUUGAAACUUUGCUUUUUUUGGUUUCGUGUUUGAUUUUUUUGCGAUUUUGCCGCAUUAUCUCAACACAUUGCAAUGUUGUUAUUGAUGAUAAUUUGGGAAGAGAGUGUUUAAUUGCAGAAUGGGUUGGUAUGAAAAAAAUGAUGCGUAUAAAUUGUUUUAACGGAUUCCUCAGGAUAUCCUCCAUCAGCACAUUGGCAGUUAUGAGUCUCCCUUCCUCAGCCCUUCCAAGAAGAAAACAUUUAUCAUUAGAGCCUUUCAAUCGGUAUGUUCACUAUCAUUGGUCGAUGUAGGGGGCCAUAUUUGACUGUAUGGACUCACAAAUUCAAAAGUUUGCUUGAAUUGAAAUCUUUCCCUCACAGCAUUGGGUAGAGUAUUGGGUAUAUUACUUUUAAUCAAAUGGUAUAAAAUCAUGUUUGAUUAUUUUUAACAGCUUCUCCAGAUAGUGGAUCACCUGUUACUGAAACUGCUGAACAUGUUGUUAAAGUGGUAAGAAUGUUAUUAAUAUCUGAAUGUUCUAAUGCUGAUAGCACCAUUGGUCAAUUACAAUAUUGUUAUACCUUUACUCUUGAGUGCAUAAGAGUCCAGAACUUAAAUGCCAAAUGAGACAGAUCAAAUGGGCAGAUCAAGUUUGCAUUUGGAACAUGAAUUUAGAUUAGAGACUUGAGAUUUCUUACUUCCUCAGGCCAUUUGAUUGUAAUAUCCUUUCCUUUUUUACAGGAGCCACAUACCAAUGGCCCUUUAUUUACAGAACUUGCAUUCUAUCAACGUGUUGCUAAGCCAGAACUAAGUAUGUCUCUGAAUUUUGAAUUAAAAAAAAACUGUCUCUAAUUGAUUAAGGGCCUUAUUCUCACAACCUUUGUGAGAAUAAAUAUCUUAAACAAGAUAUUUAAUACUGGGCACUCUGAGGAUAAAAGGGUAAUGUCUUGUUAGAAUCUCAUCAGGGUACAUGUUAUGACUGGGAAAAUUUUUUCUCUUAUUAGUUAAAAGCUGGUGUCAGUCACGUCGUCUAAAACAUCUUGGAGUUCCAAUGUUUUUGGGUUCUGGGUUACAUGAACAUGAGUCCAGUAAGCUGCGAUUUCUAGUUCUGGAGAGGUUUGGGAAAGAUGUUGAUGAGCUUUUCCUAAACAGUAAGCGGAGGUUUGAUGUGACAACAGUGUUGAUGCUUGGUCUGAGAGUUGUAAGUUCCUCCAUUUACUUGAGAGUCUGCUUUGUUUUUAGUCGUAUUAUGUCUGCCUCUUAAUAUGUGAUUUCUAAUUCUUUUUUAUAUCUUAGGUCAAUGAUGAUCCAUGCUUGUAUUAAAUUCACUCUAGUGCUUUAUAACAGAGUUUCUUUAAAAUUGUUUUUUCUUUUUUUUUUAAAAUUCUGUUGCAAGAUUGAUGCUCUGGAGUAUAUUCACUGUCAUGAAUAUACCCAUGGAGACAUUAAAGGCUCAAAUCUCAUGAUGGGAUUCUCAAAGUCAAAAUCUGGUCAAGUAAGUGAUGUCUGUACUCUUUAGUCAUUCACUUACACAAACUGAUGCCUGAUAAGAACUUUGGGGAAAUGAAUUGAAAUGUUUGUUUUGACAAAAGAUUAUUUUUGCACUGGUUAUAUUUGCAUACGAGACUGGCUCACAUAGCUAUUUGAGCUUAUCAAACAUCAGGAAAUGAUCAGAAGCACUGCUGCCCUUCGCACAUGAGACAGCUUAUGGUCACAUGUCAUUUAUUCUUUUUCUUGGCACAAUGAGAAUUAAGUGCUCUGCCUGAGAACCUUAAUGCAACAUCACUUGCAACAACAUGAGUCCAGGGUCCCUAGCAUUGAAUGUUUGGUCAAUGUGGUUAAAUACCAAAGAUAUGUAUAAACAAUACUAAAUAAAUUUGAAACAAAGACUCAUCAUAGUGGUAUGAAAAUUGGGGAAUAUUACUUGGGUAAUAUUCUUGGAUAUAAGCCAGUUUAAGCUGGGGAUAUUUGGUCACAUGCUGCAUCUAGACCAAGCCAAAAUAUUUGAUCAAUCACAAUUGUGGAUAUCACCCUGUUUUAGCAGGGAGAUAUUCAUUCACAUGCUGCAUUAAGACUAAUUGCGUGCAAGCAAAAUUAUUUCGUGGAUCAUAACUCAGAAUAUCAGUAACAAAACACAGAGGAUCACUUUUGUAGAAGGCUCUUGGAUCAGAUUUUUUUUUCCCCCACAGGUCUAUUUACUGGAU